AUGGAGUGGACAGACGUGCUUCAGCACAGAGAUAAUCAUAUUGCAACACAAACUACCUUUGGAACCAGUCCGACUAGAAGGUUAUUCAACGAUAUACCCAAUAUGCCCACUACGGCUACCACCACCCCUUUAAAGGGAAGAUUAUAUGAUGCUAUGGUGAGUGGCGAGAAAUGCGAGACCAUCACCAUCAAUCCGGCAAGUCACGAACUGGAUCACCAAAACGAAGAAGCAUCAAAACAGGUUACGUCUUGGGAUAUAUGGUGGUCAAUGAUUUUGACAGUUUUGGGGAAGGAUAAAAUGGCAAGAAUGGCUCAAUAUCUGCUUCGAUUGAUUGUUUAUUAUGCAAACAAGAGUGAAACAUAUUUAAGUGAUGAAUCUAUCAAUUUACAACUGAUUCUUAAUCGAUAUAAUGAUAGAGAGAAACAGUUGAAUAUAUUUCGGAAUUUGUUUAAACAUCCUCAAAACUUUGCUAGAAUUGCAACCAUUCUUGGAUGUCAUGUGUUACAACAAAGAGUUAAAGCAGUGGUGCCUGCGUUAUCACUUUUCAGACAAAUGCUUAGAACUGGGAAAUCACCUUUUAGAAUCCGAAAUUUGGUUGUGGCUUUGAAAAACGCCAUAGCACCAGAUGGUUCAAGUAUCAAUUGGCAGAAACUUUUGGUCAAAAAGAAUAUAAGUGAUCUUACUGGACUUUACUAUAAUAUUUGUGAUGAAUAUUUAUUACUUUAUAAACUUAAAUUGGUCCAUAAUCGUGAGAUGCAUACAUGGGCAUCGAGACACGAAAUGAUAGCAUGGUUUGUGGAAACUUGUUUUGCUCUUAAUACCACCUGGAAAAAUCUACAAGAGUUAUCUGAAGAAGAAAUGGAUUUGAAGAUUCAAUCUCAAGUUAAGCAAAGAGCUCGGGUGCUUAGUCGACUGAUUCUUGGUUCAGGGUCGGCAGUCAUUAAUCAUAAUACUACUACUACUAAUAACAAUAAUAAUAAUAGUGGUAAUGUUGCUGCCACCACCACUCAAAUAGAGGGCUUGAUUCCAGGUAGUGGUUCAAAUAGUAUGUCCAGCAGCAUUAUGAGUUCUUAUCUGACACAUGAAGAUUCCAAAGAGGAAUUGAAACAAAUGAAAGAUCUUCAAUUCAAAAAGUAUUCCAAUUAUAUGGAUUUGUAUAAAUUGAUAUCCGAUUUUGCAUUCUGUUUCUAUCUGGUAUUUAAAGUACCGUUACCCUUUGGUUCUUUGCAGAUUAUAUUAGGUGUGAUGUCCAGUUCAUUCAGUUUACACAAGAUAUAUCGUGAACAACGGAAGAAGUUGGUUGACCGUAAACGGGCCGAACUUUCCAAACAAUAA